AUGAACUCUCCUUUGUCUACUUUGAGAGAUUUGCACCCUGGGAGGACUGACCGGGCUGUGAGAGCUCGUGUGAUCAGGUUGUGGUUAUCUACCAGCACUUUAAUCCCAGCUAGGAUUAUCUCAAUUGGAUUUAUUUUGCUCGAUAGUGAGGGUAACAAAAUCUAUGGUAUUGUGCAUGCUGAGCAUGUUGAUCGUUAUCUUCGGUUGCUUGUGGAAGAGCGUGUUUAUCUGUUUCUGAAUUGUCAUGUUGCUGAGAAUCGUGGUGUUUUUUUCCCGACUGAUAAUCCGAAUAUGAUGGUUUUGGAUUCAGUGACUGUUGUGGUUCCUUCACGUUGUGAGGUUAUUCAUGUUAUUGGAGUUCUUACCUGUGUGCGUUACGAGGCUUCUUCGUCCAGUACGCGUGGGUUGGAUGUUGUGGUUAAGUUUUGUCUUGUUGAUGAUAGUGGGGAGUUUAGGUGUUCUUUGCGUGGGGAAUAUGUGGAAAAGUUCCAGAGUUUGUUUAGGGAGGGCGAUCCAAGGCUCCUUGUCUUUGUUAUGCAGUUUGUCAAAAUUGGUCAAGAAAAUGGUGAGCUCGUGGUUGAGUAUGUUGGUGGUGUAUCUAGGAUGUUAUUGAAUCCUCCUCUUAGGGCGGUCUACCGUUUGAGGACAAGGUUGGAAAAUUUUGGACGCCUUCCUUGUAUAAUGCGUGAUGUCUCUGCUCCUGGUUGUGUUGUGCCUUUGCGCUAUCAGUUUCAUGGCUUCUAUCAUGAUAAGUCUUUGGGUCAGCUCCUGACCAUUCCUGACGAUGGUCCCUUUGUGGUGUGUGCUGCAAUCACCGGUUUGGAGAGGGUGCAUAUGAAGAUGUUUGCGGUCUGUUCGUGUGGUGGCUCUUUGGUUCUUUCUGAUGGUGUCUACUAUUGCUUUAAUUGUCGUGUUUCUAUGACUUGUGUUAAAUUUGGGUUGAGAUUUGAUGUUUCGGAUGGCCUGUGUGCUGCUGCUUUUGGAGUGUUUGAUGAUUUUUUGGGUGGUGUCGGUGCACUUAACUUUAAUGCAAUGGGUAUUGGUUAUGCUUUGUAUGGCGGUGGAGCAAAAAUCUUGAAGGAUAGGCCUGUUGUUUUGAUAGUCAGGAGGUGUCCUGUCGGUGUUACUGUUGCUGGUCCUGCGUGGGAAGUUCUUGCUAUCACUAAUGAUGUCGUUGCUCUUAGAAAAAAAAAAUCAAUGUUGAGGUCUCUUGUUAGUUUGGAUGAUGUUUCGUGUGACUUGUCUCUUGAUUUGCAUGAUCUCCCAAGUGAUGGUCUUGAUGCGUUUGAUGGUGGUGUUGUUGACGUUGCUGGUCACCAGGUAGUUGUUAUUCCCAGUGAUGACGAUGCGGUUGGUUCUAGCGGUACUGCUAGGGGUGUUAAUUAUUUGCUUGAUGUGGAUGAGUGUUGGCUGCUGCGCUUGUUGUGGUUUCCAAUUUCUAUAUAG